AACCAGUGCCUCCGCGACCUGCGAGUGACUGACCCACGCGGAGACCGGGCACGGAUCGAAGGCGACAAGGACAGGCUGCUCAGGGACUGCUAUGCCUGGAUACUGGACGAUGUUAGCUUCCAGCGAUGGAAGGCGCUGAGCGAGUCGCGGCUGCUGUGGAUCAAGGGCGACCCGGGCAAAGGCAAGACGAUGAUGACGAUGGGUCUCAUCACCGAGCUGUCUCGAAGAGAGGGGAGUGUGACGAAGUCGCAUCUGUUGGCCUACUUCUUCUGCCAAAGCACGCAGCCAAUGCUCAAUAAUGCGUCGUCGGACCUCCGAGGGCUCAUCUACAUGCUUGUUAUACAGAGAGGAGAGCUUGCAGGACAUGUGCAGAAGCGGUACGCGACUGUAGGCAAGCAGCUGUUUGAAGGACCCAAAGCCGUCUAUGCGCCUAGCCUUUUCGAGGGAUGGAUCACACCUAGAAACUAA